GGCCACGAGGCUGAGGGUGUGGAUGCCGGUCCCAAGACAGACCCAGCUGGGCACCAGGCCUAGAGAGGCGGACUCAUUUUGGGGUACGCUGGUUUGGGAGUGAGAGGUACAGCCCCCCAGGACCCACCAGCCAGGACAGCCUUUCUCCUACAGGGGUUGAGGGCAAACGGAGUCUUCCCCACUCCAGACCUCCACUGGAGCCCCUCCUGAAGGCCGUUCUCAGGGCAGCUCCCGGGCUGUGGGGCAGCGGGCAGGGUGACAAGGCGGGGCCCUCACAGCUUGCGGGCAGUGCGGACUCAUGUUGGGCCAAGGGUCCUCCCAGGGGACAGCCAGCCCAGCGUCUGGGGCUGACAACACCUAAGUGUGGCCAGCCCUUCCAUCUCUGGCCCAGGCAAACCGCCACCAGCUCUUGCUCCUGACAGCCCCUCCCCGCCAGCCCUGCCAGCCACCUCCCAAAGCUGCUCGUGGGGUCUGCACCCCACACCAGGGGUGACUCUGGGCCCCUCCCUGUCAGGAUGGCUGCUUGGUCCCGCCCACCGCACCUAGAAGGCUGUGUGGGGCAGGGCCUGGAGUCCCCUCAGAAGGCACCUGCCCAUGACACAGGCUUCCCCUACGACGGGCAAGACCCCAGGAGGCUGUGGGAGCCGAGGGGCCCUCCCAGGAGGCUGGAGGUGGCCUGAAUGAGGCUGAGUCCUGAAGGGGCCUGCAGAGGACAUGCCCAGGGCUCAGGCCUGGACCAGCUGGUGCAAGAGCAGGUCUGGGCAGCGGGGCCUGGCUUUGCAGGCCUGGUUCACCAGCCAGCUUCUGGCCUGUCCUCACCCAGCCUGCUGUCUCCAUGCAUGCUGGGGCUGGGAAGAGGUGUCUCUGCCCCUGAGGGUCCCCCAAACAGUGCCCCAUCCGUCUAGAUGUGAGGGAUGACAAUAACCACGACAUCCAGGCUGACUCACUGCAUUCAGGGGAAAGAGAGGUAGGGCCCGUGUCCAGGGUUUGCAUCAAAUACCCGAGGCCCAUGCAUCAUGUCACCACCAUUAGGCAAGGCCCUGUUCAGUGCCAGCUGUGCCAGAAGACUACCCUGUCCUGGGGACCCUGAGGCUGGGCUGAGAAGUCACCGCCUCUGAGGAGCCCACUGGGAGUGCCUCUACCCUACAUCUUCACUCCGUGGUUGCAGACUGGCAUGUAAACAGCCAGGGCAGAGCCACACAGGCCAGCUGCAGCCUCCACAGCUAAGGCUCCAAGCCCAGGGGGCACAGCCUCGGUCACCCCACCCUCAGCUCGUGAGGCUUUCAUGAGUGAGGUAAGCUCUCUGCCCCCCUGGUUUUAUGCUAUAAAGUGGGAUGUUGGUGAGGAUUGCAGGCCUUAGGGACAACAGGUGCAUGGCUGAUGAGGCGAUAUGCCUUCAGGACCCUGGUGGCUGCUGCAGGCUCAGAACUGGGUGCCAGGGGCAGGGACAGGGUGCGGGGGAGGAGGUACACCUUGCUCUUCUGCCUGAACAGCACCAGGACCCCUGCACACUGAGGCGAACUGCUGCCAGGUGGGCCUCUGCUCCUGGGCACAAAUGGGCUGGGCAGAUCCAAAUGGGUGGGUGGGGUCUGGGUCCAAACCCUUUAGCACCCAGUGGUCUUUCUUGAGCCCAAACCCCUUUUAUGAACGCUGCAGGUCCUCCCUCCAAACCCCACACCAGAUCGAUGCCGAAUGUUCAUGCUCUGCUGUUGAAUGCAUCCUGUGAGCAAGUGCAGCGGUUGCCCAGCCAAUGAGAAGCCGCACAUCUGCCUUCCUGCCCCAGGGCUGCGGGUCACUUCUCCCUGAGGUCACCCAGGGGCUUGCUGGGGCAACACCUGGGUGAGCAGUUCAGUCAACUGACAAGCUGUUACGUGGCCAAGACACCAUGAGCUGCCCCGCAUCAUCAGCCCUCUGAGGCUCCGUGGAACUGACAUCAUCCUGGUGGGUGGUAUUGAUGAGGAGAGAUUUACAAACAAAACCGGGGGGGGAGCCCCUGAUGCUUCCCCCAGGCUCCACCACCCACUCCACUCCUCCCGAACACGUGCAAGGCUGGGUUUUUGCACACUGGUUUUCUUAAAGCCUCCAUACCAGCACUGCUUCUCCUACUAGGAAGCCAUGCUCUGCGUCUCUGACCCAUGCGGCCACAGGGCGGCCUGUGCAGGUUGUGGCGCUGAUCACGCUCCGGGUCAAGCACUCAGAGCCCUUGACACAGAUUCCUCCUGGACAGUCCCAGGCCCUCAAAGCCACAGGAUCCUGGCCUCUGGAACUCAGUACAUUCCAUCUGGCACUCAGGCAAAUGGGGAGAGAUCCUCCUUGGUCUCUGGCCUGGUCCCCACACCCUGUCCCCAAGCCUCCUGUCACCCAAAGAACAGCCCAGAGAGUGAAUCGGGACAGCGCAGAAGGCUGCCCACCCUGGCACUGCUGCAAAGACCCCCGCGGUGGGUGGGCUCUUCAUCCUCCUACAGAUGAGGAAACAGGCUGCAUCCAUCCCUCUCUGAGCUCAUAGCAGGGACAUUUUCCAGCAGGAACCUGUGCUGGGCAGGGGGGACCUGGUUCACAAGAAUGCCUACUCCAUCUCCUGGUGACCAGGACACGGUCUGAGGAAGGCCCCUCCCCCAAGGGAGAGAGGCUCCCCCCGGCUCCCCAGUGCAGAGUGCGCAGCAGGGACCCCUACAGGACGCCCCUCUGUCAGGCCCCUCCAACCCCUCUUCCUCCAACCCCCCCAUCACCUCUCUUUACCCAGCUCUCUCCUCCAAGUCCUGGGCGCUGGCACUGCACAUGGCCAGUGUCGGGACCCACUGGUGCCCAGUAAGCAGCAGCCAGAGCAAAGGCUACAGGGAUUGCUCAUUUCUCACAACUACACGGAUCUAUGGUCACUUUAAAAUUAAAAUUUUAAUCUUUAAAAAUUAGCUGAGGAACAAGAAUAAAAUAAAAGGGUGUGGGGCCAUAGAGGUGGCAGGGAGAGCUGCUCUGCGCCACUCUGUGGGGGGGCUUGGGGGGCUCUUCCUCCCAUCAGUUUCAUCCCUUCCGCACUUCAUAGGUGCCAGCCUCCCCCGCCGACCUUCAUACAGCAUCCCCCCACUUCCCUGUAAGUUAGAGCCCAGGGCAGGGGGAGGGGUAGGACCACCACCCACGCACACCCACUGCCUGGUCCACCCCCCUGGAUCCCUGCACCAGGCCUGGACCAGAGGACAGGCCAGUGGGACCUAGCCACGGGAACUCCUCUCAGGAGUUGGGGUUACCUGGAGAGCUGGGCAUACACAGGGAAGGGAGGUCAGGGACAGACAUCCUGGCAGGGUCGCACUACUGACCCCCGAGCAGGUGGAGACAGGGAUGGCAAGGGCAGCCCUCCCUCCCCCAUCCUCCCCAAGAUGGGGCAAACACCGCAGCUGGUGUGGGAACCCAAGCUGUCUGAGAGGUCUCAGAGGUCCUGAGCCUAUCUGGGGGUCACAGGGGUGGCUGGAGGGCUCAGGACUCCUCUGAGGGACUCCCUGAGCUGCGGAGACCCCAUCUGUCAGAUCAGGGCCCUCGGCUUGAACCAGCUGCACCCCCCCUUUCCCGUCGUCCCCCCUCUGUCCCCUUCCUCUCCGUCCCCUAGCUGCAGAGACAGGAAUCAACCACCUUCCACCUCUCUCGGUUCGCCUCCUCCAAGGAGCCCCGGGGGCGCGGGCCUGGAGCACCGCGUGGGAGGCCCCUUCCGGAAGCGCUGCAGCCGCCGACCGACCCGGGGCAGGGCCCAGCGCGGAGGGCGGCAGCCUCCGUGGAGUCUCAGCGGAGCCCCACCCGGGCCUGGCCUCCCGCCCAGCGCGCUCGGUGGUUCCCAGGUCGCAGCCGGGUCACGCCCGGGGAUCCUGUCCUCCCCAGACCGGGGGUCGGAGCCGGGACCCAGGACCGGCCGAGGCACCGUCUCCCUGGAGUCCGCGAGUGGAGGCGCGCGGAGGGGCGGGGUCUUCCCACAUCCAGGGCAGCCCCCCCCCACCGGGCGGGGCGUCACAGAGGCCCGCGGUUCCCACGGCAACCGAGCAACGCGGCAACCCCGCGGGAAGCUGCUCUGGGCAGGGCGCACAGUGGGCCGCUGGGCUCACCACUCCGGAAGGAGGGCAAACCAUGAACUUCCAGAUGACAGGCUUGGGCCUAGACAAGAUGAAGCUGGACAGUCCCCAGUCCUUCCCGGACCAGGAGAACGUGGAAGAGGUGGAGGGUCAGCAGCUACUGGAACCAGAGGCUUGGCGGACCUACGUGGAGCGCCGCCAUGCUCUGCGAGAGUUCCUGACCUCCGACCUGAGCCCCCAUCUGCUCAAGCGCCAUCAUGCCCGCAUGAAUCUGCUCAGGAAAUGCUCCUACCACAUCGAGAUCCUCCCCAAGCACCUGGCCCUGGGCGACCAGAACCCACUGGCGGUGCCCAACACCGUGUUCCAGCACAUCGACCCCCGGAGGUUCCAGCGCAUGAAGAAACUGGGCACUGCCCAGACCAAGAUCCAGCUCCUGCUGCUCGGGGACCUGCUGGAGCAGCUGGCCCAAGGCCGCGCUGAGCUGGAUGCCCUGCGCGAAUCGCCUGAUCCACAGCCCUUCCUGUCAGGCUGGGGGCUGGUAGAGCAGCGGCUGGCAGACCUGCUGGCCAUCAUGGACAGCUUCUUGGCCAUGAUGGUACCGGGGCGCCUGCACAUGAAGCACCACCUGGUGUCUGACGUCGGCUCCACCAAGAUCCCACCCAUCCAGCUCAUGCUAAGCACCAAGAUGCCCAUCAUGUUUGACCGCAGAUUGUCGGUGGCCCACCAGGACUGGGUCAGCCUGCGCUGGUUUGUCACCAUCCAGCCAGCAGGGCCGGAGCAGUUUGAGCUUCGUUUUAAGCUGCUGGACCCACAGACACAGGAGGAGUGCACACAGUGUGGCAUCAUCCCCGUGGCUGCCUGCACCUUCAACAUCUAUAACCUGCUGCCCAGCCGCUCCUACAAGUUCACCAUCAGGAGAGCAGAGGGCUACACGCUGGUGUACGAGCCCUGGCGGGACAGCCUCACGCUGCAGACCGGGUCAGGGUCCCCAGAAAGGCCCACCCCCAGUCAGCUGGGUGAGCUGGGCCCAUUCCCAACCACACCUUCUGAGAGAUGAUUUUCUAAUAUUUAUCCACUAAUUAAGAGGAGUAUAAACAUACAAUUAAAGAAACAAACCUACUUACAUUUAAAGGCAGCAGCAGCCACAAGUAUUUUUUCUGACUCGGCCCAGCCCACCCAUGAGCACCAGCCCCCUUUUCCAGGGGGAGCCCCAAGGUGGACCUUCCAGGACAGCCAACCCCUGAGGCAAGGAGCAUCAGCCCUGGCAUGGCUGCCACCACCAAUGAGAACUGCUCGACGGGCU